CUGACACUGGACAGGAAAAGGCAUCCGGCUUGGAUUAGAGGCCUGGCUUUCUUUUGAAGGAGCUAUUGUGAUCUGUGCUGCUACCACUGUCGAUAUCCCUUGCUUCUUGCUUCCAUGGGAAGCAUGAGUCUGUUGGAACUUGGGACAAGAAGAAAUCAAGGUAUCUCUACUACAGAGCCCAGACACUAAACACAUGUCCCAAACUCUGAAGAGCCAGGACACAAACAUGAGUGACAGUGGCUGCAGGGAUCCUGUGGAAGACUCUCAAAACGUUUUGGGAAAUGAUCCAUCAGUAAACUCUCAAGCACAGGACCCCACAGUCACACCGAGUAACACUGUGGAAGCCCAGACCCUACAUCCCACAUCUGAUCUUAAGGAAGACCAUCAUGAAAUAGGGGCCAAAGGUCAGGAGCAUGCAGACACAGCUGACAGGGCAGAAAGUUCCGAGGAACCAGCUUUGGAGAAACCUCCACUGGAUAAAGCAGAGCUGGAGAGGAGCCCGAGUUCUCAGGACACAGAGCAAAGGCAUCACCCCUACUCGGAACAUGUGGGCGGAGACACCCUGGUUCUGGAUCCUAACUGCUCUCCAAGCGACUUGGGAGGAAGAGCGGAUGCACACCUGGAGAGCAGCUGUGCAGCCCCCCCAGAGGGGGCAGGUGAGGGAGGAAGAGCUGAUGCACACCUGGAGAGCAGCUCUGCAGCCCCCCCAGAGGGGGCAGGUGAGGGAGAUGAAGCGGAUGCACACCUGGAGAGCAGCUCUGCAGCCCCCUCAGAGGGGGCAGGUGAGGGAGGAAGAGUGAAUGCACACCUGGAGAGCAGCUGUGCAGCCCCCACAGAGGGGGCAGGUGAGAGAGGAAGAGCUGAUGCACACCUGGAGAGCAGCUCUGCAGCCCCUUCAGAGGGGGCAGGUGAGGGAGGUGAAACUGCUCAGGACCUACUUGCUGUAGACUCUACCGAUGCCCAGAGUCCCUGUCACUCCAGUGCAGGCCCAGGGAGCCAGGAUUCACUGAGGAGAAGACUGCCUGUGACAGAGGCUGAAAGGCAUGAAGAAGAGACACAGUUGGUGACGGAAAAGGAGGAGGUCGCACAGGAAACGUUGAGAAAGACUGAGAAAAAGAGUCUCUGGACCUAUGGUUCCAUGGUUCUCGGCUGCCUGAUUGUGGCUGUGGUGCUAAGCUCUGUCAACAGCUACUAUUCCUCCCCAGCUCAGCAGGUGCCACAGAACCCAGCUCUGGAGGCCUUCCUGGCUCAGUUUAGUCAACUGAGGGAGAAAUUUCCAGGUCAGAGUGCCUUCCUGUGGCAGCGAGGGCGUAAGUUUCUCCAGAAGCACCUCAACGCCUCAAACCCCAGUGAGCCGGCCACCGUCAUCUUCACAGCUGCUCGAGAGGGGAAGGAGACCCUCAAGUGCCUGAGCUACCACGUGGCCAAUGCCUACACCUCUUCCCAGAAGGUGACUGCCGUGUCCAUAGACGGAGCGGAGAGAGCCCUGCAGGACAGUGACACAGUCAAGCUGUUGGUUGACUUGGAGCUCAGCUAUGGGUUUGAGAAUGGCCACAAGGCUGCUGUAGUCCACCACUUCGAAUCCCUUCCUGCGAGCUCCACCCUGAUCUUCUACAAGUACUGUGACCACGAGAACGCCGCCUUUAAAGAUGUGGCCCUUGUCCUGACCGUCCUGCUGGAGGAGGAGACGUUAGAAGCAAGCGUGAGCCCCAGGGAAACGGAAGAAAAAGUGAGGGACUUGCUCUGGGCCAAGUUCACCGACUCCGGAACUCCCAGCUCCUUCAGCCACAUGGACUCAGACAAACUGAGUGGACUCUGGAGCCGCAUCUCCCACCUCGUGCUGCCCGUGCAGCCCGUCAAGAACAUAGAGGAGCGAGGCUGCCUUUGGUGAAGCCAGCCACCGAGGUGACAUUGAAGGGCCGGCCUGAGGGCUCUGUUGCACUGAGAGGAGGUGACUGGCACGUGAGAGGAAACAGCUGGGGCGCGAGACUUUAUGUUGGAAAAGAAGCCUUUUUUUCCUUUUACUUUUAUAAAAACUUUCUAGUCUGAACUUUGAUAAAACUAACAAUUGGCCUGAUGUUUUUCUUUGUCUUUUAAAGCCAAUCAGGGUUAAAACACAGCGUGAUGUAUGUAUGGAUCGUUUAAGUGUCCAGCCCAUCGGUAGAAUCGUUGCACAGGAAGUUCUGAUUCUCCGGGAACUGCACUACCACUGCUGCCCUGCAAGGACUUUAACCGGCCACCAGGGCCGUGUUUGGACCUGGACUAGGCGUAAUUCCAAGGACACUUCUACCACAUUUUAAGUUCUUUUUAAGAUUCACUUUAAUAAUGCACUCGUGGGGUUGGUUGUAUCUUACACAGAUUUGCACUUUGAUUAGGUGAAAACAGGAAAUUACAAUUCAGCCCCCCAAACCUACCUAAGAACCUGGCGUGUGUAUGCUUUUAUUCCGUUAAGAAGCUGAGGUAGGAACAGCUGCUCUCAAACGAACAAACAAAAAUGUUCCCACGCAUCAAUGUAGAAAUUGUUAGUAAUCACCGGAAAUAAAAAAAUCCCAACUGGC